AUGCCUUCUCUGAAGCGGCUCGACUCCGAUGUUCUGCUUUCGCUGCCGGAUGCUAAGCGGGCCACCAAGGAGUCAGACCGGCCUGUGUCCGCUUUGUCCUCGUUUGUGGCUGCACUACCAACUUCGAGUUCGACCGUGGCUUCGCCCCGGCAUGAAUCACAAGAAGAUGCAAAGGAGGAGAGUGGAUCACAGCAUGGGCCCGACUCUCAAGAAACUUUGAUCUUGGGGGAGCACCUGAAUGAUUCGCAAGAUGAUGAGCCCGAGUCAUCGGCCACUUCAUCCGAGAAGCUUCGCUUCGGGUUUAGCUUCAAAGCACAUGUGUCAGCGGCCGACGAGAUCGAGCUGCUGAAAGCUAUUAACACUCUUCCGCAGCAGCUUUGCUGCGAUCUCCAGGUCUGGCUCGCGGACUUCCAGACGCGCGCCCACUUCGAGGCCUUCGAGAGCCACUCCGCUCACUUAGACCUGAUGGCGAAGUUCGAAGCCGCCAUCGAUCCUGAUAGCUUUGCGGCGAUCCAGUACGCCCAACCGGCAACUGUCCUUCCGGGAGUCCACCAUAUCGUGAUGUUGGAUCUCAAGGAGGGUACGAAGCAUGAGGACAUCCUGAAACUACAGACAUCCAUGCUCGGCCUCGGACAGAAGAUCAAGGAGGUGUCUCGCAUGGCGGUCGCCUUGGCCGACGAGAUGCCUGCAAAGCAGGCAGGCCCUUCUGGCGGAGAUCGCAGCAACCGAAGUCUGGUUGCCCUGGUCGACUUUACUUCCAUUGAAGCCUACGAGGUCAUCCAUGACCUUCGGCCCAUGUACAUCAUCGACCUUGGCAGCUCCCAAGGAGGCAGCGCCGUAUGGUUUGCAUCCAUGCUGAAGCUCUUCGAAAUUCCGGGCAAGGUCAUUUCCGUCGACUUGGCCCUGGAGCAGGCCUAUUGGCUCACGAAGCAGCGAGCGGAGUCUGCUGUGCAGCGGCUUAAGCUCGAGGCUUUCGUGGAUUGGAACUACGUGACCGGUGGCUCCAAGAACAAGGAGGUGAGGGCAAAAGUCAAACGGCUUUGCAAACAAGGUCCUUGCAUGGUGGUGUCAGACUCCGAUCACGACUACGAGCACACGUACCACGAAAUGGAGUGGUACGCAAAGCACGUGAGCGUUGGUCAGUACCUGAUCGUCGAGGACACCAAUAUCUACGGCUGGACUGGCUGGGUCAACAUCAAUGAUCCCAACGAGGCAGAGCUCCGGAAAGGACCCAUGGAAGCCGCCAACGACUUCGAGCUAGCGCAAAGGGCAGACUUCGUCCGGACGGAUUGGUGCGCCAAGCAUUACGGCGGACUUUCUCAAACGCAGAACGGUUGGUUCUUCCGCAAAGCGAAACGCUCACGCGGACUGAACCCAUAG